AUGUCAGAAUAUCAGAAUCUCAGAAUCUCAGAAUCUCAGAAUCUCAGAAUCUCAGAAUCUCAGAAUCUCAGAAUCUCAGAAUCUCAGAAUCUCAGAAUCUCAGAAUCUCAGAAUCUCAGAAUCUCAGAAUUUCAGAAUGUCAGAAUCUCAGAACCUCAGAAUCUCAGAAUCUCAGAAUCUCAGAAUUUCAGAAUCUCCAAUCUCAGAAUCUCAGAAUCUCAGAAUCUCAGAAUAUCAGAAUCUCAGAAUAUCAGAACCUCAGAAUCUCAGAAUCUCAGAAAUUCAGAAUUUCAGAAUUUCAGAAUUUCAGGAUUUCAGAAUUUCAGAAUUUCAAAAAUUUAG